GUUUUACGCUUCCACCCGCCGCAGAUGUAUUCCUGUCUACUGGUACAGCUCCAGUAGGAACAGAAUGUGGAUCUCGUCGAAGGCGGCAGAACGACGACUCUUCUCGCAAACUUGUUAAAGUCUUUCCAGUACUGUGGAUUUCCCUUUCUUCUGUUUUGUUUUCUAAGAACUCAAAUUACCAAACUCGGAUUAACAUUUUUUGAUAAGGAGUAACUUUUUUUCCAUUUAAAGUGGCUGACUGCAGCUCAGGUCCCCAUGCUCUGCUUUGUGAGUGCUGCUUGGCCUGCUGAGCCUGUAGGUGCUGGAGUGUCUGUACUGGGCUGCAGCUGAAGCAAGGAUAACGUGACAGGUGGUGGUUGUGUCGGUGCCUGCGGUGGUGGAGGCAGGUCGUCAGAGGGCCCAGAGCCCGGGUAGCAGGCGGAAGGGCCUGUCCUGUUCCAGCCACACAAAGAUGAACAAACUGAACUUCCACAACAAUAAAACCAUGCAGGACCGCCGCUGCGUCUGUGUCUUUUUGCCCAAUGAUGACACGCUCAAUGUCAUAGUCAAUGUGAAGACCCUGUGCCAGGAACUGUUGGUCCAGGUGUGUGACCUCCUGAGGCUGAAGGACUGCCACCUGUUUGGACUCAGUGUAAUUCAAAAUAAUGAACACAUCUAUAUGGAGUUGGAUCAGAAGCUUUCCAAAUACUGUCCCAAAGAAUGGAAGAGAGAAGCCAGCAAGGGCAUUGACCAGUUUGGGCCUCCAAUGAUCAUUCACUUCCGAGCACAGUAUUAUGUUGAGAACGGGAGAUUGAUCAGUGACCGGGCAGCCAGGUACUACUACUACUGGCACUUGAGGAAACAGGUGCUGCUCUCACAGUGUAUUCAAAGGGAGGAGGCUUACUUCCUCCUGGCAGCCUUCGCUCUGCAGGCCGACCUCGGCAACUUCAAGCGUAACAAGCACUUUGGGAAAUACUUUGAACCUGAAGCCUACUUCCCCCCGUGGGUGAUAGCCAAGCGUGGUCGUGAGUACAUCCUGAGGCAUAUCCCGAACAUGCACAAGGACCAGUUUGCUCUCACGGCCUCAGAGGCGCACCUCAAAUACAUUAAGGAGUGCGCUCAGCUUGAUGACGUCACUGUCCACUACUACAGACUCUACAAGGACAAGAAGGAAGUAGAGGCAUCUCUUACUUUGGGACUGACUUUGCGUGGAAUUCAAAUAUUUCAGAAUGUCGGGUCCGUGAGGCAGCUGUUGUACGACUUCCCCUGGACCAACGUGGGAAAACUGGUAUUUGUGGGGAAGAAGUUCGAAAUCCUUCCUGACGGUCUGCCCUCAGCUCGUAAACUCAUCUACUACACAGGUUGUCCCGUUCGUUCUCGCCACCUCCUGCAGCUGCUCAGCAACAGCCACCGGCUCUACAUGAACCUGCAGCCCGUUCUCAAACAAGUCCGUCGGUUGGAGGAAAACGAAGAGAAGAAGCAGUACAGGGAGUCGUACAUCAGCGAUGCCCUCGAACUGGACAUGGACCACUUAGACAAACGCUCCCGGGCCAGCGGCAGCAGCGCGGGGAGCAUGUCGCAUCACAAACGCCUGUCCCGUCACUCCACGACCAGCCACGGCAGCUCACACACCUCCGGCAUUGAGACGGACAGCUUCAGGGCCCCGGGACAGGCCCCUCACAGGCCACUAAGAACCUGCAGCUCGUCCACAACCAGUCACGGGAGCUCGCACACCUCCGGCAUCGAGAGCAGCGGCAAAGAGCGCAUACUAGAUGAUGACGAGAUCGAGAUGCUGGUGGACGACCCUAAAGACUACGAGGAGCUUCAUGAGAUGGCUCUGGACCAGGAGCUGUGCAUCCACAUCACUGAGGACAUGCUGACCAUGUCGCCUGAUCAGAGCAACGGAUACUCAGGACUGAUCGUAAAAGACGUCAGCUCCUCCACUUCCAGCUCCUCUGAGACCGUCGUCAAGAUGAGAGGACAGAGCAUCGAGUCUCUGCCGCAGACGUCCGCAGGCAGGAAGCCUCAGUCUUCGACUGACCGGCACAGCCAAUCGCUCGACGACGUCCGGCUCUACCAGAAGGACUGUCUGCAGUGGGCGGAGCUCUGCCAGGACACCGCCCACAGCUACACGUUCGGCUGCGCCCAGGAGCUGAGCGACGGCGGUGGCUAUCAAGGCCUCGCCGAGCAGCGGGCUGGCAUGCUCAGCGAGCAGCACCCGUUUCCCAUCAAGAGAACCAACAAGUACUUCUCUCUGGACCUGACCAGUGAAGAGGUCCCAGAGUUUGUGGUGUGAAGGAGGCGGAAACAAGGCGACCUCAGUGUCACCUUAGUCGUUCCUUCGUGUCAGAUGUGGAGAUGCUUCAGGCCUCAGGGAACGAGACCAGAGAAGAGCACGCUGCAGAGGUGGUUUCCAUUCUUGGCAGUGAUGAGUGAACUGACUGCCUCUUCAUUCACCUCUUUAGUUGAAUAGGACAUAAUAUAUGAACAAACAUGGAGGAUUUUGUAUGAAAUGGGAACUUAAAAAAUGAACACUGAGUUCAAGAGAACCUGUGUCUUAAAAAAAUAUGCCGAGCUGCUCCCCUGUGUGAAAGGAAACAAAAGGGAUCGUGUCAUCUUUUAUUUUAUUUUAUUUUAUUUUUUUUACUCCAAUCUGUCUCUUCUGGACUGGUUUCAAGAACCUCAUGUCGUAUUUGCCUGCGUGCGUGCACAUAGGCUCUCAGCAGGCUCAUGCACGCACAAACAUGAAGAGCAAAAGAUUUUCUUUGGAGGACACAGUGGACAAAAUCACUCUGAGCUAUGAACCAAAGACAAGAAAUGGAACUAAGCUGAAAUGAAACGUUCAGAAACGUUUCGGAGACGUGGUGGGAGGGACGAUGAAUCCAUAAUCCUCUGAGAGACAGCAGUCUUGGUUUUUCCUUACAGUCUUCUUCUACGCCACUUGAUUUUACCUCAGCAGGAAGUUCAGUGUGCCAACCCCCCCCCCCCCCCCAGACUGGACUCUUAAUCUUGUGAACACACACCUGAUGUGCCUUCAUCACACUAUGCAGGUGUCAACCCCUCGCCUUGACAAUCAGCACACCCUCCUCACACAAAUAGUCAUUUUUGAUGAUCAAAGCCAUUAGAAUUCAAAGCUCCACUUUAUUUUUAGACCUUGCACACACACUACUUCAGCUGAUCAAGCCAGUUUUUCGGCAUCUUAAAUGUCAGAAAGUCUCGAUUUCAGACCGUUUGGUGUCCUGUGAAAGCCUGGGAGGAAUGAGGUCGAGUCGGUCCCCACAUGUCCUAACACGCGUCGAGCUCGUGGCCACAAAAGCUUCCCUGUAAUCUCGACUCAAAAUGGAGCCCGGGUUGGCUGUCGGCCAUAACAAACUGUACAUUUUUGAUGCAUCUUCCUUUCUGCUCAGUUUUAUUUCAUUCUUGAUGUCUUCUGUUUCAUUUAUCAUUUUAAACUGGAAUUUGUUGCAUUUUGAUUUUGCAUCCUCUCGUUUUACGUGAAAUCCCUUUGUACUUGUGCAUGCUGAACAGUUACUCUGCGUGCAGUCGAUCACUUUCAGUAUUACAAGCGUGUGUAUGUGACAGUAUUAAGGAUGUGUGAUGUUUGUGGCUCAAGACAAGACGGACUGGUUUUUAUCAUCUUAAUCUCCCAGUAAGACUGUGGAGGCUGACAGGAUGUGUAACAGGCUGUCACUUCUCAGAAAUCAACUGGAAUGAAUGAGGACAACGAGGAGACAAUUUUAUUCAUAAAUCAUGCAGCUCAAACUCAAAGUGCCACGGUUACACUUUCGUCGGAUUUUGUCCUGUCAUGCUUUUGUAAAGACACAAACGUCAUGUUUUUAGCUUCUCUGUGGUGAUUUUAAAACGAUGCUUCAUGUUGCCGAAAACACUAACUGAAAAAGGUGAGAAGCUCGACGUCCGCUGUCAUAUUGGUACACUAAAUGUGAAGCCAGUGCUACAACGUGACUAGCUUAGCUUUGCAUAAAGUGUUUGCUCUGCCAGAACAACAUAACAAAAAGAUCCUCGCAGCAUCUGUGAAACUCACCUCGUAUCCAGUUUGUUUCAUCUGCACAAAAACCAAGGGGUAAAAAUGGUACAUGCAAAACUAUUACUUUCCCAGGAAAUUACUGCUCCCUGCCAAGAAAUAGUAAAGCGCCGUGAGCUGCUGUAAAAACACAGCGUGAUGUUUUCACUUACUGGUUUUUGUCCGGACAAAAUGAGAUGUAAUGUUUUAAUUAGUGAGCUUCAGAGGUUGCUGGUAGCUGUCUGGCGAGCUGUUUUCCUGUUUCCGGUCUUUAUGCUAAGCUUGGAAUAAAGACGUAUUUUGCUCACGAGGGUGGUAUCAAUCAUCCUAUCAGCUCUUUGCAAGAAAAUGAAUAAGUGCCGUUUCCAAAAUGUCAAACAUUUCCUGUAAAUGUUUAGCGUUCCCUGUGUUACAUGUCAUCUCCAAAUGGGACUCUGUGAUCUUAAGAUCUCAACGUGAACCCGAGACUCACUGGGUUGUUUUACAAAAUGUCCGUCAGCAAAAUCAAACAGCAAACGACUUGAUGACCGUACAGUAAAACUAUUUUUAGCUGAGCUGUAUGAUGGAUCAAACAUCGUUACCCAAACUCCGAACUUCAUUACAGUCGUUUUGGAUCACUGUUGUUGUUCUCUGAGUCAUCUGACUUCAGCUUUACCAUUCACACCCACAGUUUUCUCAUACUGACAAUACAAUAUCUGAAUAAGAUUUUAUAGAAAAAAAAAUGCAUUCAUGUAAUACAUAACAAAUGUGUGAAUUUGAUACUGCUAUGUAAUUAAAAACAACUUCUAUAUUUCUUAAUUUCUUUCUUUCACUGUUCAAACUUAUAAAUAUUUCUUCUCAUGAAUGGAAAAUGCCUAAAGUCAUAUUUUGAUGGAAGAUGAUGUUUCUUAUAUUAAAACAGUAUGUUUAAGUAUUAAGGUACAUAGCCAUGCAGUCAUAACCCACGUCUUUAAAGUCUUCAUCGUUUGUUCUAACUUCCUUUUCUGACUUCAAUAUAUGGUCAUACUUACAAUUUGUAAGAGUCUGUAUGUCUGUGUCCAUAAUCCUUUCUGUGAAAGGAUCUCUCUUCAGGAAAAAAGAAAGAUUUUUUGUCACCUUGUAGUUAAAAGAAAAAAAAAGAUUUGUUAUUAUGAAGUCUGGUCCGUGCCUUCUUGGUACUAAUGCCCUCAAUAUCCAAUAAAAAGGUACAUUUAUUUGCCAAA